UCUUCGCAAGAAGAACAAACAGCUAAGUAGCUAAACAACUUUUGUGUGUGAUAAUUCAAAACCCAAACAAGUGAAUAUACAAAAUGAAGUGCUUCGCAACGAUAGCUCUACUUGUCUGCGUCUCGCUCGCCCGUGCCGAACCACCAGUGCCCCAAAACCAAUACUUGCCCCCCAACCAAGGUGGCCAACAGCCCUCAGCCCAAUACUUGCCGCCCACCCAGUCAUUCCAGUCGCCCUCCAGCAACUAUCUGCCACCACAACGUAGCGGCGGUGCUGCUGGCGCUCCACCCAGCACCAGCUAUGGCGCGCCAGCUGCCGGUGCGCCCAGCUCACAAUAUGGCGCUCCUGCUCUGACCGGUGCCAUCUUCUCCAAGCAGCAAGGCGGUAAUGGCGGUUAUGGCAGCGGCAGAGGCAAUGGCGGUUAUGGUGGCGAGGAACAAUACGGUCCAGCUAAAUACGAAUUCAAAUACGACGUGCAAGACUACGAAUCCGGCAACGAUUUCGGACACAUGGAACAACGCGAUGGUGAUUUGGCUGUUGGCCGUUACUACGUGCUCCUGCCCGAUGGCCGCAAACAGAUUGUCGACUACGAGGCUGAUAGACAUGGCUACCGUCCCACCAUCCGUUACGAACAGGUCAACAACGGUUUCAAUGGCAAUGCUGGCGCCGGUGGACGUGGCGCUCAAGGUGGCCAAUUCGCUGGCUACCAAUAAGGUGCGCAGGCCAUAGAACGCGUGUCGUUAAACAAGUGUAGACGAUCCUUGCCAGACGUUCAAGUGCGGUUUGGCGUUGUGUAGAGAAAUAGAAAGGAAGAGCGUGAGAGAGGAUGUGCGAGAUGAAAAUAUUAAAAAGCAUUUACCGUGACUUGCGCGGCCUAUCGCCAAGUGUCUAAGUUUAUUAAUACUUUUUUGUUUAUUUUUGCUACUUUUACGUUUUCAUGGUUUCCGUUGUUAGUUUAAGCCAAACAGUUGAGAUUAUAAGCUUCAUUUACUAUGUAGGUGUGUGCGUGCUUUGCAAGCGCUCGAAAGCGCCGCACAAAAAGCUUUCACUUUCAUCUCAUUACACCACCCGCCGUUACAAUAUCGGCUCGCCUCUUUCGUGUCUCUCUUUCUAASUGUCACAACAACAACAAACACACUUGAUUCUUCAAAGCAACUCCACAAAGCAUACGACAAC